CACCUUUUGCUGGCAGAGCGAUAACAACUUGAUCAACCUGUACCAACCAGGUAAAAUCGAGAGGGGAUACGAUUGGAGGGAAGGGAAUGGCGUCCCCCGUCGGGCCCCAAGCGUAACAUCACUGGAGUCUCUGGAAGUUUGCAACAACACGCGAGUCCGCGAGGUGCCCCAUUCUCUCCAUUUUUCCAUUCAUCAAACAGUUAACCCAAAGUCCCCAACACUUGAAACCCCGACCUCGCAGAUGCAUUUCAAAUUCCUCUACAGAUUCACCUCGAGAAGUGCAUAAAUCCCAAUUCAAGGCCCGAAUAAUGUAAAUUAUUAGUGUCGUUGACGUUUCUUGUGUCAGUGUUUAUUCCCCUUCCUCAUCAACUGGAGAGUUCACCUCUCACUCGAAUCCCUGAGUCUCAGCACUUCGCGACCCAAUGACAGGUGCAAGACGAAACAUAAGUUCAAUCACUGAAAUUCAAGGAUUAUUACCUCAAUUCACGAUACAUGAGAGGAUUAUUCACGCUGAGGAGAUGAAGAGGUGGACUGAGACCUCGGGCUAUGAGCACUGAAAAUGGAGACGACUCCUUGAUGAAUAAAUAAUCAUGUGGCUAAUGAUAAAAUCGGUGCGAGGGAGUUUAAAGAAUGACGUGAGAUUAACGAAGUAAAAGUGAUAAAGAAUAGGAGAAAUUAGUGCUGGAUGCUGUGGCCUGUGCUAGGUGAUGUCGGGGUAAGUCCCGCAUCGCCCCAGGACCCACCACCACAGACCCAGGCCCCAUCCAAGGGAAAACUUGGUCCACUGCUCUUCUGUGCCCCCUGCAAACCCUCCACCAAGAAGAAUCACAGUACCACCCAGUGGUAUGUUCAACAGCCCACGUGGCGUUUAUGGGGCGAGGAAAGGUGUGACGGUGUUGUCUACACGGUGUACCUGAAGAAAGUCAGAUAUCACAGGCCAACCAGGAGUUUGUCCGCUUCGGAUUCUGAUGAUGAAAUAUCUCACCUGGAGUGGGAGACAGUGCGCGUGCGUUUUUUGAAAGCGGGUACAGUUCAAAAAUUAGUGGAAAGCCUAGCAAAUGAUGAUGGUGAAUUGGAAUCAACCUACAUCAAUGUCUUCCUGGCGACAUACCGAGCGUUCACGACAUCCCGAGAAGUUUUGGAGUUACUCCUCUCGAGGUAUGACGCACUCGAGGAUAAUUCACCAGCUCAGACUGGUGAACAACACCGGAAAACCCUGGUGCAAGCCCUGCACGUAUGGCUGGAUGCCUAUCCAGGUGACUGGAAAUCAGCUCCAGGUCAUCCGUUACUCGCUAGACUCCUGGACUUUACGCAUCGACGAUUACCUGGCUCUGAGCUUGAGCUUAAAGCGAGGCAUCGGCUUCACAGGUUUCAGUGCGAAGAUGAAAUCGAUAAUUGUAUCUACGACAAUGGAAGACUGGCCCUCCACAAUUCGUCGGAUUCUCAUAGCGACCAUUGGUCAAAUUACAAAUUCCCCGAAGUGCCUCACCGUCACUUCGCCGAGCAGCUGACCCGCAUGGACGCGGAAGUCUUCAAAAAGCUCGUGGCCCACCAAUGUUUAGGUGCUGUGUGGUCUAGACGUGACAGAUCACGUAGCCACGACGCAGCAACAGUUUUAGCAACAGUAAAUCAAUUUAACGCGGUAUCACUCAGGGUCAUCUCCACGAUUCUCGUUGAUCCAUCGACAAAACCCCAAGAACGUGCCAGAAUACUCGAAACGUGGAUUGACAUUGCCCAGGAGCUGAGGAUAUUGAAAAAUUUCAGUAGUCUCAAGGCUAUUGUGUCUGGUUUACAAAGUAAUCCAGUUUAUAGGCUUGAGAAGUGUUGGCAGUGCAUGCCGAGGGAGAAACAUGAGUUGUUUAUGGAACUGGAGCGAAUAUUUUCGGAAGAGAAUAACGCCUGGACUCAGAGGGAGCUUUUGAUUAAAGAGGGAACUGCUAAAUUUGCUGAUACAGCUGGCAGGAGUGAUAGACAUCUUCAGAAAUUAUUUCAGAAACAGAAUACUCAUGCGGGGAAUAUUAGUUAUGGGACAAUUCCAUAUCUUGGUACCUUCCUCACAGACUUGACGAUGAUCGACACAGCAAUCCCAGACACGGUGGCCGAGGGUCUAAUAAAUUUCGACAAGCGUCGAAAGGAAUUCGAGGUCCUUGCUCGGAUUCGUCUCCUUCAGGGUGCAGCGAACGCCUACCAUUUCACUUCAGAUCCUCUCUUCGACUGUUGGUUUCACUCGAUAGUGGUCCUAGACGACAGAGAAGCCUACAAACUCAGCUGCCAGAUAGAGACCCCACCACCAGGAAAUACCCUGAAUCGAAAGAAGAAAUCCAACGGUCAGGGACACAGAAAAAAUGAUUCAUUGGCAUCAACCUCGAGCUCCAGCAGUUCGCAAUUUUACUGCGACCUGGAUUCCCUCCCCAGCUCUCCCCACAACUCUCUCGAUAGGCGAACAUCACCCUCUCAACUGUCUUCCUCAUCCUCUAACUCGUCAUUACCCUCGUUGGACAUCUCUCUAGGUUCUGGAGGAGGAAGCAACACCUCGAGAUUAGCACCACCACCUGCAAUAACAACCAAUGGCACUAGCACACCCAAUUUAGCUGGCCUCUCCAGUCCCAGUCACUCCCACAAAAAUUCACCAGAUUUUUACAUAAUAAAAGUGACAAUGGAGAGUGACAGCGUUGAGACUGAGGGCGUGGUUCUGUACAAAUCCAUAAUGCUGUCUAAUAAUGAACGUACACCACAAGUCAUUAGAAAUGCUAUGCUAAAACUCUGCAUCGAGGGCAGCCCAGACCAAUACACACUUGCUCAGGUAUUACCUGAUAGGGAGAUGGUACUACCUAGCUCAGCUAAUGUCUAUUAUGCUGUUAAUACUGCUCAUAAUCUUAAUUUCAUACUGAGACCCAGACGUGACCUCAAUGAAUCCACUGCCGAAAGCCCCAAGGGAAAAGUUAAUGGUAAAAGGUGAAUGUGGGAAUUGACUGUUCAGAAUAUAUUCAGUUGCAAGAUGGCAAAGAAGCUAAAGGCUAUUUUUGGAUUUUUUCAUCAUGAUCAAUUGACGAUGGAGGUGAUUAGUCAUAAGAAUUUAGGAUUUUGCGGGUUAUUCUAGGUGUAAAUUAAACGACGAGAAACCUGGAAAUGCCUGACACUUUAUGAGACAUUAAAAUUGAUUUUAGAGGUAGAAAGACUGAUUUUCAUGAUGAGUGAUGACAUUUUUAUAUCGCAUUGAUUAUUGCAAAUACCUCGGAAAAUUUCGACGUGCUGGAGUUUCGAAAAAAUUUUGAGAGUAUAUAUUUGCCUCAUCAUGAAAAUUGAUUUCUCUGCAAUUUUCUUUGUUACUCAAUUUAAUUGAAAUUUUGGUAAUGACCAAAUGACGAUAUUUAUCCAGCAUGACAAUUAAGAAUCGAUUUAUAUAAACACGAGAAAAAGUACAAGAACUUGAUGAAUCUAAAACGAGAGUGAAUAGUAGAAACUCGUUUUAGGUAUUUUAGACUAAGUAGAAUUCAUCAUAUCCGGUUUUUACAUGUGUAUACGGACUAGAAUGUACGAAUUAAGUGGACCAGUGAAGUGCAUGUGGUAUUUUAGUUGUAAAUAAUAAUCCGGCAGCGAGUGUUUUCAACCGUAUCGUUAACGUUAAAUUUUAUCAAGAAAUUUUUCAAUAUUUUUUAUGUAUCUUUGUUUUCAUUUAAUGUUUUGUCCCAUCGAGUUUAUCAGCACUCGAAACGAAUUCUGUGAUACUGGAAUCUCUAAAGUGAAUUUUCGGCCUCAAAUGUCGCACUCAAGGACUUAAUGUGUACUAAAUCAUUGGAGAAGUGGCGAAACAAUUCAAAUCUCCACAAUUACUGAACUUCUCCAAAACUGAAGUUCUUCAUCAAUUCAUUCUCACCUACACAAAUCAAUUUUUUUUCCCCAAAAUGAUUAAUUUAGAGAUUAAUCCAUUGACUGGAAAUUUCUCCCCUGAAAAAUUCAUAUUGAAAAAAAAACAUUUCAUCCUAAAUAUUUCACUGUCAAGAUAAUCACCAAAAAUAUUGUAGUCAUCUCAAUUUGUUUUGCCCCUUCUCUCC